AUGGCGGUGCCCCGUCUUCUUCUCCACCUCGUCUACCCGACCUCGUCGUCACUCCUCCUCGCCAACUGCAAGCCGUCGCCCCUACCUGUCCUCAACAUCGGCUGUUACAGCAGAACGAUCAGCACCGCCGCUUCGCAGCGCGACCCCCCGUCGGCGGCCGCCGUCGAUGACUUCUGGCGGUGGCUUUGUGAGCAGGGAGCGGUCGCCGACUCUUCCGCCGCUAUCGUUAAGCCGGGUUUCGUGCCGGAGUAUCACGAACGGUCGUCGUGCACCCGCAACAACUCCGUUCAACGAACCAUUCGUCGCUCACACCUGCAUGAGGGCCUGGGCCUCGUGGCCCAGAGGGACCUCCCCCGCAAGGAGGUGGUGGUGGAGGUCCCCAAAAGGCUCUGGAUCGACUCCGACACGGUGGUCGCCUCCGAGAUCGGGAGGCUGUGCGCCGGUCUCAAGCCCUGGGUCUCCAUCGCCCUCUUCCUCCUGCGGGAGAGGGCCCUGGGCACGGCCUCUCCCUGGCACCCCUAUCUCGGCAUUCUUCCGCCAACACCCAAUUCCACUAUCUUCUGGUCAGAAGAGGAGCUUUCUGAAAUAGAAGGAACUCAGUUAUUGAGCACGGCAAUGGGUGCUAAAGAGUAUGUGGAAAGUGAAUUUGUCAAAGCAGAAGCGGAAGUGAUACUUCCAAACAAACAUCUCUUUCCUUCAGCUAUAACAUUGCUUGAUUUUCUGUGGGCUUUCGGAAUUCUCAGAUCAAGGGCCUUUUCACGUGGUCGUGGUGAAAAUCUUGCUCUUGUUCUAUUGGUUGAUCUUAUUAACCACAGUUCCAGUAUCACUCAAGAGGAUUCUUCUUGGGAAAUUAAAGGAAAGGGCAUCUUUUCUAGGGAACUGAUAUUCUCUUUACGAACACCAGUCCAUGUGAAAUCUGGUGAGCAGGUGUAUAUCCAGUACAACAUCGCGAAGAGUAAUGCCGACUUGGCGCUUGAUUAUGGCUUUGUUGAACAGAGGCCAGAUCGGGAUGCAUAUACUUUUACACUAGAGAUUAGUGAAUCUGAUCCAUUUUAUGGAGACAAACUAGACAUUGCAGAGUCAAAUGGUUUAGAUGAAACUGCAUACUUUGAUAUAGCUCUAGGGUGCCCUCUAACCCCAUUGAUGCUUCCAUAUUUGCAGUUGGUAGCUCUUGGAGGAGCAGAUACUUUUCUCUUAGAAUCGGUUUUCAGAAACACAAUUUGGGGUCAUCUGGAAUUGCCGGUGAGUCGUGCCAAUGAGGAAGCCAUUUGCCAUGUUGUCAGACAGGCCUGCAAAUCUGCUCUCUCUGUCUACCACACUACCGUAGAAGAGGAUGAAAAACUUAUGGAAGGGGAUAAUUUGGAUGAAAGAUUUAGAAUCGCAGUUUGUGUAAGAGCUGGCGAGAAGAAAGUUCUCCAGCAGAUUGAUGGUGCUUUCCGAGAGAGAGAGUCCGAGUUGGAUAUUUUGGAGUAUUAUCACGAGAGGAGGCUCAAGGAUCUGGGACUGCUGGGACUGGUUGGGCAACAAGGUGAAAUCAUCUUCUGGGAAUCUAAAUAGAACACCUGCACGCACCUUCUCUCCCAAUAUAUGAUUUCACAUGUUGUACAUGGAGACCACAGUGAACAGUUGCACGCAGGUAAUUGAGAUAAUAAUGCAUUUGACACCAGAAUGCAGUUUAUCA